AUGGCUCCGAAGAAAUGCAAUAAAAAUAAGAUUGUAGCUAAGCUAGUGACUGGAAAGAGAGAACCAUGUGGCUUUUGCCAGCGUGAAGUGGACGAUGAGCUAACUUAUGGGAAAUUGUAUGCGAUAGGAGAGAUUCAGUGUCACUACUUCUGUGUGCUCCUGUCAUCAUGUUUGAUACAAAGAGGUAGAGAUGUGGACGGACUCUUUGGUUUUCUAUAUGAAGAUAUCAUCAAGGAGAUACAGAGAGCUAAGAAACAUAAAUGUUCGUACUGCAACCGCCCGGGAGCCAACCUCGGCUGUUCAGUGUCACAAUGCAAGAAGCAAUUCCACCUGCCGUGUGGAAGGGAACGCAAUGCUGUGUCUAUGUUCUAUGGGAAUUACAAGUCAUUCUGUCAGGCGCACGCGCCCAAACAGAAUAUCACGCCCGCUAUAAUGGAGAAUGCUAAGCUGAGAAUGAAAAUAGAUAAUAGAAAUAAAAAGAAAAUAUCUAACUUCAAGGAUCUGAAGGAGUUGUCUAUUUGUAAUGGAGAAGAAGGUCCCGAAUCAGAGUUUCAAUCGGUGUGUGUGAUUUGCUACGAGGCGGUGGACGGGUAUCCUACUAUCAAUACAUUCUGGCCGCCAUGCUGCGCUAGAGACGCCUGGUUCCAUAGGAGCUGUUUACAGCGCAUGGCUUUAAGUGCAGGCAUGCACUACUUAAAAUGUCCACUAUGCAAUGAUAAAGACAACUUCUACCAAGCCGUCGUCACGCAAGGAUACUAUGUCCCAGACAGAGACGCAGCCUGGGAGUUGGAACAAAACGCGUUCUCCGAGAUCUAUGAACGUGAAGUGCCCUGCUCUGCGGCCGACUGUAAAUGUCCUAUGGGACGCAGCCAUGAUGCUGACAAUGGGGCGUGGUCCAUGAAGCUGUGCCUGCUGUGCGGCAGUAGCGGCGUGCACGGCGCCUGCAGCCCCGCGCCCCCCCCGCACGUCUGCACCGACUGCACGCCCGCCGCGCCGCGCUGCAUCGACCAGCUCGCGCGCUGCAUCCAAGCAGUGAUAUCACAAGAGCAACAACAGACGUCGUCGUCCCGUUCCCGUCGCGGCCCCGUGAUGCCGUCCCGGAUGUCGUUACGACGGACCAAGAGAAAUACGUCACAGAAUAUGCCGUCGUGUUCAUCUGCAGGUGCUGAAGAAAUUAAACAUGAAGUCAAACCUGAACCGCAAACAAACACAGCGUUAUCACGUCAAGAAUUAAACUUGAAGCCACCGAAGAUACAAGAAACAAAUAUACUAGAAAGUCUACUGAGUAAGAAACCAAACCCAGGGAAGGAAUCGCCGAACAAAAUCGACUUGGAUACGUCUGAAUACAAAUACCAAUCGCCUAUGAAGAUGUUAGAAGAGUCUUUGAGAGUGAAAAUGAAAAAUUUGGGCGCGAAAAACGUUAUUCUUGAUGAGAAGACAGUUGAGAGUCUACGAAGGAAGUUUCGGAAGCCAAAGCCUUUGAGGGAGAAACGGAAGAUUGUAAAUGAUAUCCUGAACGAGGUGUUCGACAAUUUGCUGAAAGAACCGAAACAAAAAGAUCCCGUCAUACAAUGGAAUUCACCUAAAAAGUACGACACCACUCCUGAAGUCAUUGCGGUUGGGGAUAACACACCACCGUCGAUAUCAGAUAAAGAAAAUACAAAAACGCCCAUCAAACAAGAAGUCGACUCAGAACAAAACACCUUUGUGACUCCAAAGAAACGUCCUGACGCAGAUUUGGCGGCAAAAUACGAUAAGGACUCUGUAAUUAUAAAAUACACUACGUUCAAAUCACCGAAUAAACUAAAAACUGUCGAUAUACUGAAGAAUUCGAGCUUAGAAAUCUCCGCCCCAGACGAAAUUGUGAAUAUAGAUAUGAUUAAAAUAGAAAAUAUGGAAAAUGAGGAUUUUAUUAAGAAACUCGGACUAAAAUCUCCGGAGAAGAGCGAGAAAUGCGCUUUCAAGUUUAGUCCGUAUAAUAAAGAAGUGUUGGAACGCCAGAAUAUAGACAUAGACGUGGAGAGUUUCAAAGACCAGUAUCUAAACGAAGUAGGAUUGCAGAGAACUAAAAAAGAAGAUAUAAAAGAGGUAGAAACAGUCAAUACGACCAAGAAAAGCCGUAAACGAAAACUAAAUGAUGACUUCGUGUUGAAAGUCGAGUCUAAAAAACGAAAAAAGAGUAGAAAAGGUAUAUCUAUUAAGGAUAAAAAUAUAAAAGUCAAAAUCCGUUGGCGGGAUGAAGAAUUGAAAGUGCAGAUAAGAGACACAAAUAAGAUUAAGAAAUCAAAGAAAUAUAGCCAAUAUAUUCUGGAAUGUUCGCCUCAAAAUUGUUCUACCGUGAAGCCGGAUAAGGAAAUCACUCCAUUGCGUCGAAAAUAUAAAAAACAAGAUAAGUCCCCUGAUAAUCUGAUUCAAACGUCUAUACAGAAAUUUUUCAAAGUUAAAUCUAAUGAAUAA